AUGGCUCCAACAACAACAAUCGAAACCGUCACAAUUACGAGGCCUUUAAAGGUCAUCGCUUUCAUUUGCGGCAUGAUCGUCGUGAUAUUAAUGAUAAUGGCCUUGGGAUCCUCGGACUGGCUCAUGUCGGAUGGAUGGCGUCAGGGACUUUUCGCUCACUGCAUCGAAGAACACGCUCCCACACCAUUGCCUUUUAACGUCAUAGAACCACCCGAUUGCUAUCCGGCGAGAGAUGUCGCGUACAUACCCGCAGCAGCCGCUCUUUGCAUCAUAACGUUGAUAACGGAUUUGGUCGCGACCGUAUUGACCGGAUUGGGUCUCAGGAGCAACGAUCACAGGAGAAAAUAUAAAUAUUAUAGGAUCGCCGUUUACGUUAUGAUUUUAUCACUUAUAUCCGUUUUGAUCGCACUCGUAGUGUAUCCGGUUUGCUUCGUGGCAGAAUUAAACGAAGGAAACAGGACGGUUUGGGAAUUUGGUUGGGCUUACGGAGUCGGUUGGGGAGCGGCCAUUUUCCUUUUCGGAGCCGUCAUACUAUUGCUGUGCGACAAAGAAUCCGAAGAAAUUUACUACAAGGAAAGAAAGAUUGUACACGAAAACGAGAAUUCGAGAGCCUAG